AUGAGCCACCACAGCCACCUCGUAGCUCCUUCCCUACAAGCCGAGAAAGAAGCAGAGACGCAGACGCAGGAUGCGUCCAGUGACAGCGUUUGGCGUUUCAAGGGCAGCGACACGGCAGCCAAAGCCUCCAGCGUCACGAUGAGAGUCAUCGUCUACAAGCUCUUCGAUCUCUGCAGCCAGGAAGUCAAAAAGACUCUUUUACCCCUUGCCCACGGUGACCCUUCUGUCUACCCUUGCUUCCGCACCUCCAUCGACGUCGAGAACGCCAUCGUUGACGUCCUCCGCUCCGGCAAGGGCAACUCUUACGGUCCCGCCGCCGGAAUCUUCCCCGCCAGACAGGCGGUCGCCGAUUAUGUGAACCCUGACUUGACGAACAAGGUAACGCCUGAUGAUAUAUUUAUGACCGUCGGAUGCAACCAAGGGAUCGAAGUGGUGAUUCAGUCUCUGGCUCGACCAAACGCUAACAUUCUUCUCCCACGGCCUAGUUACCCUCACUACGAGGCUCGUUCCGUCUACAGUGGGCUUGAGGUCCGCAAGUACGAUCUUCUUCCCGAGAAAGAAUGGGAGAUUGAUCUCCAAGGCAUUGAAGCCAUGGCAGAUGAGAACACUGUCGCAAUGGUUAUCAUAAACCCUAAUAACCCUUGUGGAAAUGUCUACUCUCACGAUCAUCUCAAGAAGGUGGCGGAGACAGCUAGAAAGCUUGGAAUAAUGGUGAUCACGGACGAGGUUUAUAGCCAAACAAUAUUCGGAGACAACCCUUUUGUUCCAAUGGGGAGAUUCUCUUCCAUAGCUCCGGUUCUCACAUUGAGCGGUAUUUCGAAAGGGUGGAUUGUUCCUGGUUGGAGAAUUGGCUGGAUCGCUUUGAAUGAUCCUCAAGGCAUUUUCAAGGCCACAGGGGUAGUUCAAUCAAUCCAACAGAAUCUUGACAUAACUCCAGACCCUACCACUAUGGUUCAGGUUGCGCUUCCAGAGAUCCUCAAGAAAUCGAAUAAAGAGAUGUUUGCAAAAAAGAACUCGAUAUUGAAACAGAACGUGGAAUUGGUCUGUGAUAGGCUCAAGGACAUUCCUUGUGUGGUCUGCACCAAAAAACCUGAGUCAUGCACUUACUUAUUGACGAAACUGGAGCUUCCGUCGAUGGAGGACAUAGAAGAUGAUAUGGAUUUCUGUAUGAAGCUAGCCAAGGAAGAAAACCUUGUCUUACUACCAGGAGUGGCUUUGGGGUUGAAGAACUGGAUAAGGAUAACGAUCGGAGUAGAAGCUCAGAUGCUAGAGGAUGCACUUGAGAGGCUCAACGGCUUCUGCCAACGCCAUAUGAAGAAAACAGUGGCUUCUCUUCAAGAUCUGAAGCUAAGUGACAAUAGUGAAAUCUAAACACAACUCAUCUAUACACAAACCAAAUAAAGAUGUAACAUUUGGUGGAAUAAU